UGUAUUGUCUGUCUAUCGCUGUUUUCAAUACAAUUAUUUAGUGUUGUUUACGAUUAAAACGAGUCAACGAUUGCCGUAAACAACAACUUAAUUGUCGUUUGAAUUCACGUUUUUAUUAUAAACUAUACAUAAAAGCCAUUCAUUCACACAAAUGAAGCGUUAGUUGUCGUCAAUAUAUUGUCGCCGUCUUUAGCCGUUGUCUUCUUCUGGUAGUUGUUGUCAACACAAAGACAUUGUCACUGAUUGUGAAGACCACGUGACCGCACGACCAGACAAUCGUCACCGCCGUUGCCAUCGCCGCCACCGCUGGUCACCCGUCGUAUCGGACACUAGUUGUUGACCGUAUAAUCCGUUUGAAGCCAUGGCUGUCCUCUUUGACGACGUGAUCGUCAAAGAACUGUCUGAAGAGACGCUGGCGUUGAGAGACAAAUUCCCGCCGCAAACGGCCGCCGGAAGUGUCGUACGAAUACAAGUGAUCGACGAGUCGGACAAUCUGUUGGUCCGCUGCAAACCCAACCACUCGUCCGACACAAACAGUUUAUGUGAUAUCGAAAUAUUCAAGGACUCGGAGACCGCGGCCUUUGGCGCCCACGGGUUCGCCAUCACCGACAACGGGAAGACCAUUGUGUUAGUGUUUUCCGGCCGACAAUCCCAACGACAACGUCCGCCGACGUCGACCACAGGCGACGCCGAUCUCCAGACGUUUGCUAAACUUGUCUCCGAUUUCAAGUUUGGCCGCAAAGAGUCGGUGUUUUCCGAGCGAACGGACGAGUCGUCGGCCUCGCAGUACUUCCAGUUCUACGGCUAUCUCUCGCAGCAGCAGAAUAUGAUGCAAGACUUUAUCCGGACGUCUACUUAUCAACGGGCGAUUCUGGCCAACAUUGACGACUUCAAGGACAAAGUGGUGCUCGACGUCGGCGCCGGCAGUGGUAUCCUCUCGUUCUUCGCCGCUCAGGCGGGCGCCCGAAAGGUGUACGCCGUGGAGGCCUCGUCGAUGGCCAAACACGCCGAGUGUUUAGUCUAUAACAAUAAACUGAGUGACAGAAUACAAGUGAUCGCCGGUAAGAUCGAAGAGAUAACGCUUCCCGAAUCGGUGGACAUCAUUAUCUCGGAACCGAUGGGCUAUAUGUUGUUCAACGAACGAAUGCUGGAAACCUAUUUGCACGCGAAGAAGUGGUUGGCGCCCAACGGCAAGAUGUUUCCAUCGCGGGGUGACCUCCAUAUCGCGCCGUUCAGUGAUUCGCAGCUUUACGUCGAACAGCUAACAAAAGCCAACUUCUGGUUCCAACAGAACUUCCAUGGAGUGGACCUCUCGAGCCUGCGGUCGGCGGCACUCAAGGAGUACUUCUAUCAGCCCGUUGUGGACACGUUUGACGUGAGGAUAUGUACGGCGAAGUCAUACCGAUAUACCGUUGAUUUUACGAAAGCCAAUGAGAAAGACUUGCAUCGCAUUGAAAUACCCGUCAGUUUUGUUAUGCAUCAGACGGACGAAGUGCACGGUUUGGCCUUUUGGUUCGACGUGGCCUUCUUUGGCUCACAACAGACCGUAUGGCUGUCCACUUCGCCCACACAACCGCUCACACACUGGUAUCAGGUGCGAUGUUUGGUCGACACACCGCUGUUUGUGCAAAGAGGACAAACACUUACGGGUCGAGUGGUUCUGUCGUCGAAUAAGAGGCAGAGCUAUAACGUGGAUAUAGAGCUGAGUGUCGAGAACUUCGGUCGAAUCGAUAGGGUUUCCAAUUCGCUGGACCUCAAGAAUCCAUACUUCAGAUAUACGGGUCAACCGCCACAACCGCCGCCCGGAUGUAACGAACAAUCGCCGAGCGAACAGUACUGGCAAACACUGGACGCCACACAACCGGCAAACAACGUGAUGAACGGAAUGGUGGUUAUGAACGGCAACACUGGGCAGCAAAUGAAUCCAUCGGUCAUUGAGAUCAAUAAUAUGCAAAUACAACCGAACAACGGCUACGGCACUCAUCACCAGCAGAACAGCCAUCACAUGAUUACGGCUAAUGUGAUGCCAGCCCUCCAUCAAAACCAAAUGAUAAACUUGGGAUCACUGCCGUCGCCCAACGCCACGAGCCGUACGAGUCCGCACACUCGCAUACAGCAGAUGACCGGCGGUCAGGUGCCCACCAGCUCUAUCGGCGGCGGUAUAUCGCCGUCACUAUUCACCGCAAAUACUCCACAACAACAACAACCGCAGGUGACGUCUGUACUCAAUUCAGCCAACUUUCCGGUCAACAAUUCGCUUAUGAUCGGCGACUACGCGGUCACUCCGCCUCAGAAUCUGCUGCUUCCGACGCCGCCGGUGGGCGCACCCGCACAGGGCGUGGUCUAUAAACCACAUCAUUGAUUGAUGUGUGUAUCAGUAGUAUUGGUGUCGUCGUCGACCCUCCAGUUCUUUCAGUUACUCUUAUUAUCUCUAUUUCUCCGCAAAGAAUACAACAAAACAAAUAUCUAAAAGCAAUAGUAAAACAAAUUAAAAACUUUGAAACAAA